AUGGUUGAUAAGGGUUGUGAACCAAAUUAUAGAACCUUUGGUGUGUUGUUGAAAGGAUUGCAAAAGGAGCAUCAAUUUAUUCCAGGGGAGGUUUCCGUUCUGCCUGAAAGAGUGUAUAGUAUCACAGCUAGCAAGAAUGAUGUUAGUUUUGAACUGCUAUUGGAUGCCGCUUUGGAAAUAUUUGAUUCAUUGGUUCAACAAGGUUUUCGACCUCCUUUGUCAAUUUAUCAAUCACUCAUUCGUGCUCUCUGUAGAAGUAGCCGCCUAAAAGAAGUUGAAGUGCUAUUUGAAAACAUGAUUGGGAAACAGUGGAACAAUGAUGAGAUUGUUUGGACCAUCCUAAUUGAUGGUUUACUCAAGGAGAGAGAAUCUGAAUUGUGCAUGAAGCUUCUUCAUGUCAUGGAAUCCAAGAGCUACACUAUUAAUUUCCAGACGUCAAGUUUAGAAAUAGGAUUAAAGCUUGCUUCAGAAAUUUUGAGGUGUUCAACUGCAAAACCUGGUCGAAUUUACUGUUCCUUUGUUUUCCGGGAACAUGUGAACCCUAAACUCAUUUGGCAUCUCGUGACUCAUGCCAGAAAUCUGAUUGAAAAUGAAAGCAUCAACUAUUAA